AAAACUGAUUGGGAAGUAGCCAUAAAGAGUAUUAACAAAAAGAAUUUGUCAAAGUCACAAAUCCUACUUGGAAAAGAAAUAAAAAUCUUAAAGGAACUUCAGCAUGAGAACAUUGUAGCUCUCUAUGAUGUCCAGGAAAUGCCCAAUUCUGUCUUUUUGGUAAUGGAGUACUGCAAUGGUGGGGAUUUGGCAGAUUAUUUACAAGCUAAAGGAACACUUAGUGAAGAUACCAUCCGAGUGUUCCUCCAGCAAAUUGCAGCAGCUAUGCGUAUUCUGCACAGCAAAGGAAUCAUUCAUAGGGAUCUUAAACCACAGAAUAUUUUGUUGUCUUACGCCAGUCGUAGGAAGUCAAGCGUCAGUGGCAUACGCAUCAAAAUAGCUGACUUUGGUUUUGCUCGUUAUCUGCAUAGCAACAUGAUGGCUGCAACUCUGUGUGGUUCCCCUAUGUAUAUGGCCCCUGAAGUGAUUAUGUCUCAACACUAUGAUGCUAAAGCAGACCUGUGGAGCAUAGGAACUGUGAUUUAUCAGUGUCUUGUUGGAAAACCACCUUUUCAGGCUAAUAGUCCUCAAGAUUUGAGAAUGUUUUAUGAAAAGAACAGGAAUUUGAUUCCUAGUAUUCCUAGGGAAACAUCAGCUUAUCUGGCUGACCUGCUGCUGGGUUUGCUUCAGAGAAACCAAAAAGAUAGAAUGGACUUUGAAGCAUUUUUCAACCACCCUUUCCUGGAUCAGAUUUCAACAGUCAAAAAAUCUUGUCCUGUACCAGUGCCCACAUAUGCAGGCUCAGUCUCCGGCAGUUCCUGUGGUAGCUCUCCUUCAUGCCGUUUUGCUUCUCCUCCAUCUCUGCCAGACAUGCAGCAUAUUCAAGAAGAAAAUUUGUCUUCCCCUCCAUUGGGUCCUCCUAACUAUCUUCAAGUCUCUAAAGACUCUGCCAGUACCAGUAGCAAGAACUCCUCUUGUGACACAGAUGACUUUGUUCUUGUUCCACACAACAUCUCUUCAGAUCACUCAUAUGAUAUGCCAUUGGGAGCAGCUGGCAGGCGGGCUUCAAGCGAGUUCUUGAUGUGUGGAGGGCAUUGUCAGCCUUCAGUAUCCCCCCGCAGCGAAACGGCACCUAUCCCAGUUCCCACUCAGCUACGGAAUUACCAGCGCAUAGAACAGAACCUCUCUUCUACUGCCAGCCCUGUGUCAAACCCCCACGGAUCACCAAGAGCUGGAGUUGUGAGACGCUCAAAUACUAGCCCAAUGGGCUUCAUGAAGAUGGGCUCCUGUUCUCCAGUACCAGCUGACACUGCACAGGGUGUUGGGCGCAGGUUAUCCACAGGAUCUUCUAGACCAUAUUCUCCUUCACCACUAGUUGGAACCAUACCUGAGCAGCUUGGACACUGUUGUUGCGGACAACUUCAAGGACAUGAAUCAAGGAGUAGAAACUUCUCAGGUUCUCCGAUACCACCAUCUCAGUCUCCACAGUCACUUUUGAUGGGAGCGAGGUUGCAGAGCGCUCCUACUCUCACAGAUAUUUACCAAAACAAGCAGAAGCUCAGAAAACAGCAUUCAGACCCCGUAUGCCCAUCCUAUGCUGGGUAUGGAUACAGCCAUUCUCCACAGCCAAGCAGGCCAGGUAGCCUGGGAACAUCACCUACCAAACAUAUGGGAUCGUCACCUAGGAGUUCAGACUGGCUCUUCAAAACUCCAUUACCAACGAUCAUUGGCUCUCCUACUAAGGCAACAGCUCCUUUCAAAAUACCUAAAACUCAAGCAUCCUCAAACUUGCUGGCCCUGGCAAAUCGUCAGGGCUCAGUAGAUACCCAGUUGCAGCCUAAAGACAUCGCUGACCCAAGGGAUUUCGCGCACUUUCACUCGACCCAAGGAGGUGAAAAGCAGGCAGGAGAACAGCACAGUAAAACUGUAUUCGGCAGGUCUGUUAGUACUGGGAAGCUAUCGGAUCAACAGGUAAAGACUACCCUUGGUGGCCAGUUAUAUCAAGGCAGUACAGACAGCCUCAAUACAGAGCGACCGAUGGAUACAGCUCCAGCAGGAGCCUAUGGAAUUGCCAUGGCACCUCCUAUGGGAAGUGGGGCGAGUUCUCGGGCUGUCAUGUUUACUGUUGGGUCCCCUCCAAGCAGCGCCACCCCUCCUACCUGCACCCAUAUGGUCCUCAGAACAAGAACCACCUCAGUUGGAUCAAACAGUUCUGGAGGGUCUCUCUGCUCUACUAGUGGCCGUGUAUAUAUGGGCUCUCCUCCUGGUAUUUAUAUGGGUUCUUCUCCUCCGGGAGCCGAGGCAGCUCCGAGUCUGAAGUACAUGCCUUAUGGUACUUCGCCUCCCAGCUUAGAGGGCUUUAUCACUUUUGAAGCUCCCGAAUUGCCUGAGGAAACUUUAAUGGAGAGAGAACAUACAGAUACACUGCGUCAUCUAAACAUGAUGCUGACAUUUACAGAAUGUGUUCUGGAUCUGACAGCAGUCAGAGGAGGAAACCCAGACCUGUGUACUUCUGCAGUAUCGCUGUACCAAAUCCAAGAGAGCAUAGUUGUUGAUCAGAUCAGCCAGCUAAGCAAGGAAUGGGGACAAGUAGAGCAGCUGGUGUUGUAUAUGAAAGCCGCCCAGUUACUUGCAUCUUCUCUGCAUCUUGCCAAAGCACAGGUCAAAUCGGGGAAAUUGAACCCAUCCACUGCUGUUAAGCAAGUUGUGAAAAGCCUCAAUGAGAGAUACAAAUUCUGUAUCGGCAUGUGCAAGAAAUUGACGGAAAAGUUGAAUCGUUUCUUUUCAGACAAGCAAAGAUUCAUUGAUGAAAUCAACAGUGUAACUGCAGAGAAACUCAUCUACAGCUGUGCUGUAGAAAUGGUUCAGUCAGCAGCUCUGGAUGAGAUGUUUCAGCAAACUGAAGAUAUCACAUAUCGAUAUCACAAAGCAGCCUUGCUGCUGGAAGGACUGACUAAAAUACUGCAAGAUCCUGCAGAUAUAGAAAAUGUACACAAGUAUAAAUCUAGCAUUGAGCGAAGGCUUUCUGCACUUUGCUACAGCACAGUGGCUGUAUAUGAGCAGUAGGAAUAUCCCGAGGACCAGAUGGUGUGAACAUAAGGGACCACAUCAGUGAUACUGCACUUUUCACUACAGCUUAAUUGUUGUCCUUGUUCUGCCCCACGUGGAAGAUGAUUCUUACAUUUCUGUGGUGACUACCAAAGAAACAGCAGCAUAUUCAAAGAGGAAAAAUUCCAAAAGUACACUUGCCUUACCAAUCCAGCAGCUCCUUUUUCUUCCUAGAAACAGAAUUUUAAAAGAAUCUGUCUUCACAUUUCAAACUGAUCCUUGUACGUGUGCUUUGACUUGAAUGAUCAGGGUUGUUUUUAUCCUCGUGAGGUUUAUAGAGAGAGUGGAUCCUUCUGCAUCAGGUACAAAAAGACAUUUCCGUCAGAAGAUUCCCUCAAAAGUUUGUGACAGAUAUUUUUAAGUUGUCAGUAAAAUGUGGCGGAGUGAAUUUGGGAAACCCUAACCAUGUACAAGUGCUGUUCGAAGCUUUUGGGGCUAAGCUGGCUUGUAUCGGAGCUCACAUGUUGUAAACAUGGCUCAGCUUGUCAUAUGAAGGGAUGGCGAGAAAGUGCUCUUUCACAUGGGGGAAAGAUGGUAAUGGAAGAAAUUGUGCUCCAUCUGUGCAAAAUCCCAGUGGGUU